AUCAAAACGAGGCUGUCAAUCAAACUUUCGGAUCGAAAACUUUUAUUUUAUUUUUCACAAUACUCGGAUAAAUAUGCGAUACACAUGUACAUUUAAUACUUUCAUCGACUAAUUCAUGUCAGAUUCUCAAAAUGAAUGCAUGGAGAACUUUGAACUAUGGAAAUGUAAAGACAAAAUAACUCAAUCAAUUUGGAUAUUUUUGGACACAAAUAAAAAUGUUGUGUCUUUAGCCUACAGCUGACAGGUCACCGAGCAUUCGGUUAUUGGAGAAAUUUUAGAUUAGAUUGGACAUCGCAGUCUGUGGCUACACUUAAGACUACACCAUGGUGCAAAAAUAUCAGUCUCCUUUGAGGGUAUAUAAACAUCCAUUUGAACUGGUGAUGGCGGCCUAUGAGAAAAGGUUCCCGACAUGUAAGAUGAUACCAGUUUUUCUCGGAAGUGACACCCUCAGUGAAUACAAGAGUGACGAUGGUGCAAUACACGUAAUUGAGAGGCGGUGCAGGCUUAAUGUAGAUGCUCCUUACCUCUUGAAGAAGAUUGCUGGUGUGGAGCAUGUUAACUUCAUUCAGAAGAACUCUCUAGACUUACGUAGCAGGGUGCUGGUCAUCAAUGCAUACAAUGAGAGCUUCUCCUCUAAGGUCACCAUCAAUGAAAACUGCAAAUACUCUGUUCAUCCAGAUAACCCUAACUGGACCUGCUUUGAACAGGAUGCCAGUCUUGAUAUUAAAUCUUUCUUUGGCUUUGAAAGUACAGUCGAGAAACUAGCCAUGAAGCAAUAUACCACAAAUAUUAAAAAAGGGAAACAAGUCAUAGAAUAUUUCCUGAAUGAGCUUGAAGAAGAAGGCAUAACAUUCAUCCCUAUAUGGACUGAACCUGCGGGCCAGGCAGUGCCAUCAGUGGGUGAGAGUACAACCCAGGGGGUUGAGGAUGAACAAACUACCUCACAUCAUAAGUCUGAAGGCAGUAAGGAGUCUGACACCAGUCUAGAACUGGGAGCUACUGCAUCAGCACUUACAAAGGAAGAUUCCAAAGAUGGUGGUGAGAUUCUUGAGGAGGAAUACAUAGAGAGAUACCUAGGCAAGCUUAGCCCAUUACAAGAAACCAGAUUGAUACAACUGAAUAACUGGCUGCAGGAGACACAUAAGGGAAAGGUCCCUCGUGAUGCUCACAUCCUUCGGUUCCUAAAAGCGCGAGACUUCAACUUGGAGAAAGCGAGAGAGAUGCUGUGCCACUCACUGGCUUGGAGGAAGCUGCAUAGAGUGGACAAGUUGCUACAUUCAUACAAACAACCAGAGGUUUUACAACAGUACUUUGCUGGAGGAUGGCACCACCACGACAAAGCUGGGAGGCCCACAUAUAUCCUACGUCUGGGUCUGAUGGAUGUUAAAGGACUCUACAAGAGUGUUGGAGAGGAGGGCCUUCUGAGACAGGUCAUCUCAAUCAAUGAAGAAGGUCUCGCAAGAGCAGGGGCUUCUACAAAGGCAAGGGGACACCCUGUCAGUGCAUGUACUUGUAUAGUGGACCUUGAGGGCUUAAGUAUGCGGCAUCUCUGGCGGCCAGGCAUCAGUGCACUGUUACGAAUCAUAGAGAUCUGUGAAGCCAACUACCCGGAGACCAUGGGCCAGUUGCUGAUAGUCCGAGCCCCCAGAGUAUUUCCUGUUCUCUGGACUCUCAUCAGUCCCUUUAUUGAUGACAACACCCGCAAGAAGUUCAUGAUUUAUGGUGGCAAUGAUUACCAAGGCCCAGGAGGUCUUAUUGAGUUUGUUGAUCAGCAAUAUAUUCCAGAUUUUCUGGGUGGAGAGUGUUAUUGCAAUAUUCCUGAGGGGGGUAUGGUGCCCAAGUCUAUGUACAUGUCACAUGACGAAGAUUCAGACAAAGAUAGGUCACCUGACAUGCCCAAGAUGUGUGAGGAUUCCCUCUAUCACACAGCACAUGUUGUCAAAGACUUCCCACAAGAGGUGCUUAUUCAAGUCCCACAAAAAGGCUCCGUGAUAACAUGGGACUUUGACAUCUUGAAGGGGGAUGUGACAUUUAGUGUGUUACGCAGCCGUACAGGUCUCACAACUGACCCCCAUGAGCACCAUGUCCAUGGGGCAGUGGGUGGUAUAGGGUCAAAGCAAUACAUAGCCAAGCAUAUGUUGGUAGGGGUGGAUAUCAGUAUAGUGGAACCACCACAUGUAUGCAGAGAUGGGGAUAGCAUUCAGGGUUCCCAUGUAACUAGUCAAGCAGGGGCCUACAUUCUGCAGUGGAAGUACUUUGAUUCAGCCAAAGCCUCACAUUCAUUCGACUUCUCUCUAUCUACGCACAAGUCAAAAGUGAUGUAUUACACAGAGCUCCUACGGUCAGAGGAUUUCAGAGGGUCUAUGUCAAGUCUACAGUCCUGUCAGAGCAGUUUUUCGUCACUUAGCAUAGCAACGAAUCAAAGUGGAGCAAAUAGUUCUGGGGGCGGGUCCUGUCCGUCCAGGUGA